UCUGCGCAUGCGCAGUGCAGUCGAAGAGAGGCGAGGACUAGCGGAACCGCGGGCUGUUCUCGGUAAAACAGAGAUGCGCGUUGUUGACCAAAGCUUUCGGACAGCGAGUCGCGCAGAUAUGGAUGUGAAGAAGGUGUAACAUGCCGUGUAGAGCCGCGGACAGCGACCUUACCGUCUUCUCCCGACCUGUAAAUCCGUAUCUCUGAAGGGGAAGGUAGCUACAGGAAGGGGAAGAGGGUUCGAUCAUGGGGAACGAGGCGAGUAUGGAGGGUGGCGACGGCGCGCUUGCCGGGGAGCUCACAGGACCAGAGGCGGAGCUCAGCCGCCUGAGCGAGGAGGAGCGCAGGAAGCUCAUCAGCACCAUGGCAGAGGCGCAGGCCAGGUCUACAGAGUAUCAGCCAUCUGGAGGACGAGGUUCAGGGGGCCUCAGUAAGAGUCGAACAGUAGAUGCAUUCGGAGAGGGUCCACCUCCCAAGCCAAAGCCAGGACGCAGCCCUUCUUCUCUCAGCCUUCUUGAGUCCCGCUUUCGGCAAGAGCCCAAAGACCCCGAGCAGCCUCGCACUGGCAUGUUUUCCUCAUCUUUUCUAAGUGGGGUUUCUUCAGCCGUUUCUUCUGCCAGCAUCCCCAAAUUCAGCCUUUUUGGUGAUGAUGAAGAAGAUGCAGGCAAACCGGGACCAAAAUCCCCUGGCCCACAGCAAGGUGCAUCCAAAGGACAAGGACCCCCAGGGCAGAAACAGGGAGCUGCACCACAAGGAACUGGGGGAAAGCCUACUGGGCCUUGUCCAGGACCUGGGACUCAACAGCAAGGUCCUGCUAAAGGCCUACCCAAAGAUGCACCUCAGACUGGUGGAACUGCAAAGCCUGGUGGACUGCGUUGUCCUUUAUGUAAAACCACUGAACUAAACUUGCAGGCCAAAGACCAGCCACCCAACUACAGCACUUGCACACAAUGCAAACAACAGGUGUGCAGUCUGUGCGGAUUUAGUCCUCCUGACUCAGAGGGUAAAGAAUGGCUAUGUUUAAACUGCCAAAUGCAAAGAGCAAUGGGGGGCAUGGAACCUCCUGGCCCUCCAAUGAUGAAACAGCCUCCCAAGCAGGCCUCGGCCCCUCCGUCUCCACAGCGGAAGGAGCCACCAACUGGGUUACCCUCAAAAGAUGAACCAGGUAAGAAGCCUCCAAUGCUGACCAAGCAGCAAAGCAUGUCAGACACAGGAAAAGGAGCCACUCCACCACCAACUCCCAUACAGAAGACUACUGGUCCAGGGGCACAACAGAAGCCUACUAAAGGCCUGGAGGAAGCUCAACCUGGACCAAAAGGUGGACAGCAGCCACCUCCACUUCAGAAAGCUGAACAAAGUCCAAUGGGCAGUCCCCAACCCUCUCCUGCAAAAACCACCCAGAAGCAGGAUGGGGGUGGCUUUUUUGGGGGCUUCGGUCUCGGAGGGUUAACAGACAUGACAAAACCUCCUGCAGAGUCGGUUAAAGGGAAAUUGUUUAGUGGUUUUGGCUCAUCCAAAUCACAGGCUGGCGCUGCAGCACAGGCGAGUGACUCGGUUACUGGAAAGCUUUUUAGCGGUUUAAGUGGACUGACUGAAACACAAAAGCCCCCCGUGGCCACUUCUCAGGCUCCUGAGGGUGUGUCUGGAAAGAUGUUUGGGUUUGGUUCAUCAAUCCUUAGCUCAGCUACCAACCUCAUCAGUGGAGAAGAACCCAAGUCUCCUCCAGGGUCAUUGCCUGACUCCCCCAUUGGAUCUGGUUCAAAAUCUACUCCAGGCUCUCCUCUAGAUUCUGCAUCCCCCCCAGAAACCCCACCAGUCUAUUCCAAAGAGCCUGCUUCACCCAAACCUGAGUGCACUGAUGGAAAGCUUCUAACAGAUAAACCCAUCUCAGAGGCUGCAAAAACAAAAGAGCCUCAGACAACAUCCAACUGUCCACUCUGUAAAGUUGAACUGAACGUGGGCUCAACAGAUGUGCCCAAUUACAGCACCUGUACAGAAUGCCAGAAAAUGGUGUGCAACCUUUGUGGUUUCAACCCCAUGCCACAUCUCUCAGAGAAUGAGUGGCUUUGUCUAAACUGCCAGACCCAAAGGGCUCUCUCUGGACAACUUGGGGAUAUGCCACCUCCACCUUCUCCUUCAAAGAUACCAGCUAAAUCCCAACCUACCCCUCCUUCUUCCACAGCCAGAACUGUUUCGUCAACUCCUUUACCCCCAUCUCCUUCUCCUGUCACUUCUUCCCCAUCCAAAGCGCUUGUCCGUACCCCUAGUGUAACUCAGCCUCCAGCUGACAAGUCUGAGCAUGAUUCAGUCACAUCUGAUGCUAAGCUUGUAGUAGAGUCAGCUGCAGUGAAACAGGACAAGGACAGCACACAGAAAAAAGAAGAUGCUGCUAAGCCUGGGGAAGACAAAGAGAUUCUAAUAAAACCUAAAAACAAAGAAAGUGUCAGUCAAGAGAAUAGCCUAACAAGUCCUUCAGAUUUGGCCAAGUUAGAGAGUUCUGUUCUUCCGAUACUUGAAGCACAAGCAACAUCCACUAAAGAUCAAUCACAAUGUGAGUCAGCCAUCACCGCAUGCCAACUGGAGGUGUCCCCAGAGGAGUCUCCAAAACUCACCUCAGAGGAAGACAUUUACAGAAAUGCUCAAGAAGAAGUGAAUGAUGAUGUAGGCCCUAAAAAAGUGAGGAAAAAGCUACUUGUGCCAACAGAGCUUAAACAGAAUUUUCUGGAGGACAGUAGUGAGGGAGAAUCUUCACCUCUCAUUGAGAAUGAAAAUAAACCAGGUGAAGUAAAAGAUAUUGGAAGGGAUAGUGCAGGGUCAGCAGAUAAAGAGAUUAUGGCAAUAAAUACUCAUGAGGAUGUAUCACCAUCUGUUGAGAACCUUACUAAACAAAAAACACUUGAUCAGGAAAAUAAUAUACUAGAAGAAGAUGUAAAGAAGGACAUCAAGAAGAAAGAGUCAGGCAAGGCAAGGGGUCUUGUCAAAAACAGUAGUAUUAACCCUGAAGAAGAAGUAGACUACAAAAGUAUAAUUUCUGUGGCUAAAAUUGAGGAACUAAGUAAAAGGGAGCAGACAUCCGAAGACAAUGGUGCUGGGAUUCGCCAUUUCAAAACAAUUGAGCUCAACACUGUGGCCACUGUUCGUCAGGCUUCAGAUGAUGGUGAACCUGAAAGCCUUACAGAUUCCCCUGAUGACCGGUCUAGAGGGGAGGGUUCCUCAAGCUUACAUGCAUCUAGUUUUACUCCAGGCACUUCUCCAACCUCACUAUCUUCUCUUGAUGAAGACAGUGAUAGCAGCAGUCCAAGCCAUAUUAAAAGCAAUGGUGAAGGUAAACAGCACAGGAAAGCCAAGCACCGGCAGCCAGGCCAAAUGCUACCUACCAUUGAAGAUUCAUCAGAAGAAGAUGAAUUGCGUGAGGAAGAAGAGCUCUUAAAAGAACAGGAGAAGCAAAAGAAUUCCAGUAAGAAAUCAAAGAAAGAUAAAGAGGAAAUACGAGCACAGAGAAGGCGAGAGCGACCAAAGACUCCACCAAGCAACCUUUCACCAAUUGAAGAUGCUUCUCCAACAGAGGAGCAGCGGCAAGAAGCAGAGAUGGAGGAAUUCCGUAGAUCCUCCUGUUCGGAUUUCUCCCCAAGCAUGGAAUCUGAGCCAGAAGGGUUUGAGAUUCUUCCAGAGAAGAUUGCUGCUGUUCAAAAAGUAUAUCAUCUGCCAACAUCUGUCUCUUUGUAUUCUCCAACAGAUGAUCAACAUGCUAAUAACCAAUCCAGGGAAAUCAUGGAAAAUCAGCCUUUGCACACUUCACAUGGCACUUAUGAGGAGGUAAUGCUCAGAACAAAGUCUCCAACUAUAGAGGAUAUUCCACCUGGAAAAGAGUCUCUAUAUGGUGGAAUGCUAAUUGAAGAUUAUGCCUAUGAGUCACUGGUUGACGAAACACAUGUAGAGAAAGAACAAGAUCAAAAAAAUUCUUUACCUGAGAAAGCAAGAAAACUUAGAUCACCAGAUGAAGUAUAUGAGGAUAUGAUGCAGAUGAAGAAAGAGAUGAUGCUUAAAGAGCAACAGCUAAAAGAAAAUAACACAGUGAAAGAAUUCCACACAAUAGAUACAACUGAAGAUGAUGUCUUUUCUUGUACCAAAGACACACCUGUUACAAGGCAAGAGACCAUCUCCACAAGCAUUUCUGGCCAGUUUGGGAAGGAUGGGAAGCCACUGUUAAAUGCAGAAGAAGCCUAUGAGGAACUUAUGAAAAAACAGAGAGCAGUCCUGACACCAGGCACCAGCCCAACACAAACAAUUUCUGAUUUGAGUGACAAAGCACAGGAAAUAGACGUUACUACCUCUGCUGAAACAGGGACUUUUCCUCAAAGAAGAAUUCUCUCUAUUCCGGAUCUUACAGUGACUCAGUGCUCCUCAGGGGAAGAGGAAUCUGGUGAAGAGAGCACUGCAGAUCAAAAUCAGGACGAUAAAACAGUUCCAGUUUUUACAGCAGCUUCUGCCCCUGUUGCAGUGACUGAGUCAACAUCAUUUGCUGUCAAGUUACCUCAGGAAAGAACUAAACCUUCGGUUUCAAUGCCAGCUUCAGAGCCUGUCAUGGAUUCCAUUUCAUCAAGGGCAGAAUCAACAUCACAGCCAGUGUCAUCACAGGCCCCCAUGACGGAACCUACAGACCAGCCUGGCAUUGUCGAUUUGUCAAAGACUUCAACAUUGGCUCAAGAGACUUCUUCACCUACUCAGACUCCUAGUAUAGUUUCUAGACCUUCUGUUCCAGUGACAUCACCUUUACCCACUGUACCACAAUAUGCUCCAACAGUACCCAGUGUAAUAUCAACUGCCCCACCUGUCCCUCCCAAGCCAGUAGCUCUACGUAGAACAGUGUCUCAGGAAAAACCAGAUAUUCCUGCUCCCCCUCCUCUGCCACCACCAACUCUACCUAAGCCUGCUCUUUAUCCUAAAAAGAUUCCACCUCAGGUUCCACAAAAAACUGUUGUAGCUGGUAUUCCAAGUACAGGUCCAAAUGCACAAAUGAGACACUCUAUGGCACCAAAUAACAAGCCACAUGCUCCUCCUCCUGUCCCCCCAAAGCCAUCCACAAUCCCUGCAGGCCUGGCAUUCACCCAUAGACCAGUGGAGACAGUCAAGCCACCAAUAGCUCCAAAACCCAUGUCAAAUGCCCAACCACUUUCUUUCAUUUAUUCUCCUGUCAGACCAAGCAUACUUCCAACAAGCAGUGAAGAUGGUGUGUUGAAUCUGAGUCCUGCAUCUGAGAUAAAAACAGGGCCUACAUCACCAAUAAAAACCCCUACAUCUCCUAGGUUUGGGAAGUCAUUAUAUGAUACUUAUGUGGUUAUAACUCUGCCAUCCCAACCUGGUUCACCCAUAGAGGGUGUGACAACCCAAGCCCCAAGUUCUGGUCCCUCAUCACCUAGCAAACAUUUACAGUUUGAUUUUCAAUCACAGCCACAAACACAAUUGCCACCACAGCCACAAAUAACCAGAGUACCAUUAGCUUUCACAAAAGUAACAGAAUCCAUAGAAAGGCAAGAAAUAUGUGAUCCACAAACGGUCAUUUCAAGCAUGAGUCAUGUCUUUGAGGCAAUUUCAGCUGCACAGCCCUCAUCUGUAACUCAAAAUGUUGAUGUCCAGGUAGUAACUACUGAAGUCCAAAGAACAACAGUGUCUGUUAUGCAUGGAAAAACACCUCCUCCACUUACAACUCCAAGAGCUUUUGGUAUACCAGCAGUCCCAGCAGUGCCAGUAGCAGUACAGAAUGGACAUGCUUAUCAUUCUGGAGUGAUUGUUGAUCUGUGCACUCCAAAAUCAAAUGCAGAGAUUUGCAUGAAAGGUAUAGAUCUGUCAUCAUCAGAGUCACAACGGCAGUCCUUCCUGGCUGAUGGGCGACAGAAAAGUGCAGUCCAGUCAUCUGUAAUAAACUUGAGCACUGAUACUUCAUCAGUGGACAGCAUGUCCAUCGUUACUUGUACAGCUACUAUAGCAUAUGCCAACAAUAAUCUUUCUCAUGCCACUUCAUUGCCUCUACAACUAACAACAGCUAAAUCCUUUGAACCUGUUUCCCAAAUUAUUUAUCGUCCUGUUGAUUCUCAGCCAGAAAAACCAAUAAAUCUUUCCACAGCUCUAGGCAAAUCACAUUGUGUUCCUGUUACAACAGCCCCUACAAUUGCAAACAAUAUUGUUUACACAAGUAUUCCACCUCAACUUGAAACUUGUGAAUCUUGUGUAGUUGACCUCACAACAGUUAAACCAGUACAGACUAUGGUGUCUGUAGAUCGGUCAUCAGAAGUGGUUACAACAGUGAUCACAGAGGAUGAUGGCAAGCCAGUAGACCUAACAGCAGGAAGACGGGCAGUGUGUUGUGAUGUAGUGUACAAGUUUCCAUUUGCUGGUAGCUGUGCCACUCAGCAACCCUCAGCUCCACUGCCAGAGGAUCGUUUUGGCUACAGAGAUGACCACUACCAAUAUGAUCGCUCUCCCUAUGGCAUGAGAGGACUUGGUGGAAUCAAGCCUUCCAUGUCUGACACAAAUUUGGCAGAAGCUGGCCUCUUCCUGUACAAAAGUAAGAAUAGGUUUGACUACAACAGGGAAAUGGAGGGUGCUGUAGACCUUACAUCUGGAAAAAUGUCUAUAGCAGGUGAAGCUGUGGAUUACUCAAGCAAAGCUACAGGUGUAUUUACUGGAGUUACACUCCCACAAUACUCCCAAGCCAGAAUAACUGUUGCUGUUGGAACUCACUUUGGAAGUUCUAGUGUUCUGAGAUCUUCAAAUGGUGUGGUUUAUUCUUCCGUAGCAGCACCAGUUCCUUCUACAUAUGCUAUAACUACACAGCCUGGAUCAAUUUUUAGUACAACGUACAACUCCCUUUCAGGCAUGCAUACUAGUGACACAAUGCCAUCAUUAUCAAAUCUGCAAAAUCAACCACUCACUAGAUCACAAAGUUUCUUUUCCACUAUUGCUGUGACUACAGCAGAGGAAGAAGACAUGCCUUUGAAUCUGGAGAUUAGUGUUUCUAAGGAUAUUUUCUCUAGUGGUCAAACAGAGAAAGCUCCAAUGAUAACCACAGCAGCAUCAAUGGACUACACAGAUGCCUCGCUAGAGGCAAUUGCGGCAUCACUAGAAGCUCUCUCUUCACCCAUGAUUCCAGGUGAUGAAAAGUAUCAGAUGGAACGUGAGCUUCUUGAGCUGGAGAAGAUAAAACAGCAACGUCUUGCUGAGGAACUAGAAUGGGAAAGGCAAGAAAUUCAGCGCUUUCGGGAGCAGGAGCAACUUCAAGUUCAGAAGGAGCUAGAGGAACUCCAGGUCAUGAAGCAGCAAAUCCUGUAUCAACAAGAGGAAGAGAGGCAAGCUCACCUCAUGAUGCAAAAAGAGACAUAUGCUCAGCAACAGGAACAACUGGAACAGAUUCAGAGACUCCAAGAGCAGCUGAGGCUGCAACUAGAGGAGCAAAAGUAUAGACAAAUGUAUCCAGGUGAGAUCCAAGAGCAGACACUUGGUCAAAUUGUAGGGACAGACAAAAAGAUGGACAGUGGAUGUCAGACUGAUGAAGAAGACAAUACAGAGAAAGCUUACUCUACAGGAAGAAAAAAGAAGAAUGUCAAGAAGAGUGUAGAUAGUUGUGUACAAACAGAUGAUGAAGACCAAGAUGAGUGGGAGUUUCCCACACGUGGCAGACGUAGCAGACCUCGAGGUGGUAAAUACAGUUCUGGUGAUAGUUGUGGAGUUUCAGUGCAGGCACUUACCGAAAUUUCUGUACAGACAGAUUCCUCAGGAACACUUAAAGGACACACUGUGCAGACGGACACUAGAAUUGAUUUUCCUAACGCUGAUAGAACUUCCUCUCCUAAGAGACGCCCCACUCCUUUAGAAAUUAGCCAGUCUCCACAUCUCAAAACAGACAACUCCUGUCUACAGGUUUCUCCUGUUCCCCCCAAAUCCCCCAAAGUCCUUUAUUCACCAGUAUCUCCUUGUAUGUCCCCUAGUAAAUCCCUUGAAUUUGUUUCCUAUGAAAAAUCAAGCGGAGACACCAGCCCACAGAAAAUAUGUUGUGCAGAUCCAUCCAAAGUGGUCCCUGGAAGUCCAAGGGGAAAAGUCAUGCAGCGGUCACUGUCUGACCCAAAACCUAUGAGUCCUACUUCAGAAGAGAGAGCAACCAACUUCCAAUAUUCUGAGGGUUACUCUGGUAAAGGAUCUCCAAAUAGCACUCCCACUGGUACUCAAAAGAAAGUGAAGCGAACCCUUCCUAACCCACCUUCAGAAGAGGAGACUGGCAAUGCUGGCCAGACGGCAUACAGCACUGCCUCUGCCCGUCGCCGCCUUUGUCGAAGCUCCAACAUGGCAAGGGCAAAAAUCUUGCAGGAUAUUGACCGUGAACUGGAUUUAGUAGAACGGGAAUCCUCUAAACUCCGUAAAAAACAGGCUGAAUUGGACGAAGAAGAGAAAGAGAUUGAUGCUAAACUGCGUUAUCUGGAGAUGGGGAUCAACAGAAGGAAAGAUGCUUUGCUCAAGGAAAGAGAAAAAAGGGAAAGGGCAUAUCUGCAAAGUGUUGCAGAGGACCGUGACUACAUGUCUGACAGUGAAGUGAGCAAUAUACGAGAGACAAGAAGAAGUGAUGGCAGAGAGGAAGUAAGCGGACUUGAACUUGAAAGACCUCACACUGCUCCGCAAUCAGAACUAGAUGAGUUUGUUCCUCCACAGACUAAAUAUGAGUAUGGCAAAUACUCCCAGUAUCAUUACCCACAAUAUCAGCAGUCCCUGUACCAGGCUCAACAGCCCUUCCAGUCCCAAUCCAUUUAUUCUUCUGUACCCUCUCUCACUGCUUCACAGCAGCAAAGCUACCACCAGAUGCUACUACUACAGCAAAAAGCAAGACAACAAGCUGCACUUUUGUCUGAACUUGAUGCCACCAAAGUGUCCACCAACUAUGAAAACUCAUCCUAUUUGGGAGGAAAGUAUGGCAAUCACCUUGAUCUGCAUGGCCUGGAAGACCGUGGAGGCAGCAUGGCAGGAAGUCCCAUGUCCAAUGUGUCUGCAGACUCUUUCUAUGCUGACUUAGAUCAACAUCACCAAACACCCAGAAGUUACCUGCUCCUAGAAGAUGCAACUGAGCUUAGCAAGAGCACAGCUGGUCUCUCAUCUACCAGUUAUGGAAUUGCUGAGAGGGAACUCGCCAAAGCAGAGUGCCUGCUGAGACGCACAGCAGCAGAUGUUGGCACUGAUUACCUUGCCAGUUCCUCAAGACUUCAUUCCUAUGGAAAGUCUCAAGAUGAUGAGGACCCAAUGGAAGAACCAUAUGAGUUGAAGCUUCUAAAGCAGCAAUUGAAGCAGGAGUUUAGAAGGAGCACAGGAGGGACUGAGAGCUUAGAGCAAUUAGCUAGCCUCUCACAUCAUUAUACUUCUAACACAGGUGUAACUAGUGGAGGCUAUAGGGCUUUCCCCAAGACAGAGAAGUACAGCAUAAGUAGAUUAACUUUGGAAAAGCAGGCAGCUAAACAGCUUCCAACGUCCUUGCUCUACCAGAAACAGAAAAGUACAAGCAACGUUGGAAAAUACUCUAUCCAGGAUAGUAGGGGGUUAGACACAGAUUAUAGUAGCUACUUGGGAUCUAGUGGUGCUUCACCAAGAUCAAGCAGAUUAUUACAGGAUGAAAUCACUUUUGGGCUUCGUAAGAAUAUUGCAGAGCAGCAAAAGUACCUGGGCUCAACUCUAGGGGUCAAUUUGGCUGGUUCACUUAACUUAGGCCAGAGUCUUAACUUGAGUUCUGGUGUAAGGUCAACUCUGGGAGAGGACUCUGCUUAUCCAAGUGGGAGCCGCUCCCGGCCUUCUUCUAGGCCUACGUCUAUGUAUGGCCUGGAUCUGUCUAUCAAACGGGACAUCUCUAGCUCCUCCUUGAGGCUCAAAUCAGAGGGUGACACUUCCUCAGAGACUGCUGCCUAUCAGGCACCAUCAGGUAGGACAAAGCCUACCAGCUUGCCUAUUGGUCAGGGUGGGCGCGGGCGAAUCCCAAUUGUGGCACAAAACUCUGAGGAAGAGAGCCCACUGAGUCCGGUGGGUCAGCCGAUGGGUAUGGCACGGGCAUCUGCAGGUCCGCUCCCGCCUAUAUCCGCCGACUCCCGUGACCAGUUUGGGUCAUGUCUCUCUCUUCAGGAUCCUCAGCAGCAGCACCUCAGGGAGGACCCUACUAGAGGACGCAGCUAUAUGCUCAUAGAUGACCUGCAGGGCACAAUGUCUGAUAGUGAAGCACUAAGUGAAUCCCUGGUGGGUCUGAACAGAGACGAUCCAGGAAACACACAUGAAAAUGUCACAGACGCAUACCAUCUCCGUCGGGAGGAGACUGACUGGUUUGAUAAACCACGAGAGGAUGGACAGGGCCUGGACUGGAGACAGAUGAAGUCCCAGCAGUACCCAUUUUCCCAUUCAAGAAUAAAGCUUCAAAGGGAUCCUAAAGACCGCAGUGUGUCAGGUCUUUGCAAUGGGCCUGCAGGCAACGGACUGGGCAUUCGCAUAAUCGGGGGUAAAGAGGUUCCAGGCAGUGACGGGGAGAUUGGAGCAUAUGUGGCCAAAGUCUUACCUGGUGGAGCAGCAGAACAGUCUGGAAAGAUUGUAGAAGGAAUGCAGGUCCUGGAAUGGAAUGGCAUCUCUUUGUCUGGCAAAACCUACGAGGAGGUUCAGGGAUUGGUCAGUCAACUAUGUGCAGAAGCAGAGCUCUGUGUCAGACUGGAUCUGAACAUGCUGUCAGACUCCGAGGGCUCCCACUUGGACCUUCAUGAGCAGACCAAAGCAGAACGGCCACCAAGGUCUCCAGGUGUUGACCCCAAGCAAUUGGCUGCAGAGCUUCAAAAGGUGUCUCAGCAGCAGGCGCCCAGCUCCACAGCCUCCUCACUGACGGCGCUGGACAAAUCUUCGGCUUCAGGAGCUUCCAGCUCUGUGCCAAGCCCCAGGCAGCCUGCUUCACCUUCCGUUAGCAAGAAACGUCACAGCAAGACCUCAGAAGCUGCAAAAACCCAGUCUCACCCAAUCACAGGAGAGAUCCAGCUUCAAAUCAAUUAUGACAAGCAGCUGGGCAACCUCAUUGUUCAUGUUCUCCAAGCACGCAACCUGGCACCACGGGACAACAACGGCUACUCUGACCCCUUUGUAAAAGUCUACCUUCUGCCUGGAAGAGGUCAGGUCAUGGUUGUGCAGAAUGCCAGCGCUGAGAACAAAAGAAGAUCCAAACAUGCCCAGAAGAGCUUGAACCCAGAGUGGAAUCAAACUGUUAUCUACAAGAACAUUCAUUUGGAGCAGCUGAGGAAGAAGACAUUAGAGGUCAGUGUAUGGGACUAUGACAAGUGCUCCUCCAAUGACUUCCUGGGAGAGGUGCUGAUAGACCUGUCUAACACUGCUCAGCUGGAUAACGUGCCUCGAUGGCUGCCUCUGAAAGAGCAGUGUGAAGGAGAGCACCACCGGCGCUCACACUCAGGCCAGGGACGCCAACAUUCAUCCAAAACAGCCAGCGGGCACUCCCCGAAAACAUCUGGGCACAGCAGUCAGGACUCACCUAAAUCCUCUGUCAUCAAGAGUCGCAGCCAUGGCAUCUUCCCCGAUCCUGCCAAGGACACACAGGUUCCCACUAUUGAGAAAUCUCACAGUAGCCCCAGCACGUCGAAGCCAUCUCCCUCCGAGGGCCAAAACCGCUCCCAUGGAACCCCACGCGCUCACGGCAAAAGUGGUGCAUCCCGGGCACACCCUGACGACUCCAAGGCAACAGCUGAAGCUGCCAGUGAACAGCAUCGCCUCCAACCAAUGUCCCGCAGCCAUAGAUCUGCUGAUGCUCCUGUUACUGCAGCCUCACUGGACAGCGGUCUGAGUGGCAGCGCCUUCAGUCUAUUGGAAGAAGAAGGAGAGACGAACGGAGUGGACAGCGCCAUCUUCCAGGUUCCACGAUUCGGAAAGAUUCCAAACGGGACUGAUGUCGUAAUGUCGAUACAUGGAGAAACCGAGGGUAAAACCCAGGUCAUGGGGGAGAUAAAGAUCGCUCUGAAGAAGGAGAUGAAGACUGAGGGAGAGCAUCUGGUACUGGAGAUCCUUCAGUGUAGAAACAUCACAUACAAAUUUAAGUCUCCUGACCACCUGCCAGACAUGUAUGUCAAGCUCUAUGUGGUGAACAUAGCCACACAGAAGAGGAUCAUUAAAAAGAAAACUCGGGUGUGCCGUCAUGACCGUGAGCCGUCCUUCAACGAGACCUUCCGUUUCUGCAUGAACCCCACUGGACAUUCCAUUCAGCUCUUCCUGGUAUCAAAUGGGGGCAAGUUUGUGAAGAAGACUCUGAUCGGUGAGGCCUACGUGUGGCUGGACAAGGUGGACCUGAGGAAGAGAGUGGUCAGCUGGCACAAGCUGUUGGCCACCACAGCUCAGAUCCAGUCCUAGAGGAAGCAGAACUGAGCACAAUAGUUUAACAUUCACACACACACACACACACUCUCACAUACACACAAACACACACUCUACAGGCUGUAGAGAAGUUACACUGAGAAUCUUAGUCCCAUGUCAGGGAUUAUGCUAAUCUGCAAUGGGGUGAGGUGGGGAACAGGGAGCAGGAAGUGUGCUGCUUACGUAAGUGUUUCCUGCAUUUACACUGACGUGCAUGGGGUUAAAGGUCAGCCUUAAGUAGGAAGUAGAGCAAACCAAGAUGGAAGGGUUGUGUAAAUGUUGAGCUGAUUUCCAUACAUCUGUACACGCACACACACUUACCCGAGUGUAUGUGUGAGAGAGUACACAUAUUUGUAUCAACAUAAAUAGUCACCGGUCUACAAAAACAGGACAGGAAUGAAUGUUAUGUUCAUUCUUCUUACAUUGCACACUUCUUACUUUUCUUCUUCUUCUUCUUCUUCUUUUUUUUGGGACAUCUCACUGCCAAGUUCAGGUUUUAGAACACCUCACACAGAGAAAUGAUCUAUCAUAGAAGUAUAGAAUUAUAGCAUAUAAACUUUAAUUAUCACUCUUAGAAGGAUUUAUUUAUGAUAGUUUGCAGACGGUAGAUGAAAGAUAUUGUAUUAUUUUUGUAUGAUAGAUCCAUUAUUAGAGUCGCAUUUAUCACUUCCUUCUCUCUCUCUCUCACUCUCUCACUCACUCACUCUCUAUCUCUCUCAGAUGUUAUAAUGUGUUGAAAGAAGAGAUCAUAAUAGUGGAUUUAAUCUAUAUUUUGAAAUAUUUUAUAGAUAUCAAUAGCUGAAAACUGAUUUAUGUGGUGUUGUAGAAAUAUGUUUGGCUGGUGUCUACUCAUAUUUCCUUGCACAGAAAGAGCACUGAUGCCCUUGUGACAUUCAAUCUGAAUUUGGUUGAGUUAGAUCUCUCUUUUUUUAAGAAAUGAACCGUUCUGUAGAAAUGGGGCUCUUCGGGAUUUAAGUCUGAAUGAUUAUCUACCAGAGAAAAUUCUUUGGCUUCACUAAGGUCAUAAAAUCCCAUGGAGAAUCAUACAGAUCUUCUCAGAUCAUCUUUCUGAUUGGCUCCUCUCUUUAUUUCCAUAGUUGAAUGUUGCCAUAAGAUGUUAAAAACAUUCAGGUAAAAAAAAUUAAAAAUUAACUAAAAAAACAUUCUUAUAGAUGUUUUGCACUUUGUCUCUAGCAUGUCUUGAAUGUAAUGUUCCAUAGUGUAAGAUAAUUUAGAGAUGGGCAGAUAAGCAAUUUCCCUAAAAUCCCAGUCGAGUGUUGCCAUGCUCGUUCCUAUUACCUCAAUUCCUUAAAUAGUCACUUAAUCAAAAUUCCCAGACUGAAUGUGGUGAGCUAUCGUAAAGCUUAGACACAAUGAUUAGUUGAAUUAGUUGUAUUAGGUCUAAGAAAAAAAACCCUGCCAGGUCCACUGGGUCCUGUGAAGCACAGCAAGGGGUCUGCAUUAUAUAAGUAUAUAUAAUUGGAUUAUUUUAGUUAUUAGCCUGUUUAAAUGGUCUUUUGGGUUGAAUCCAAAUAUCAGUAACUCCAUAAGUAAGUCCAUAAAUAAUACUAAUUUGAAUACAACAAUUAUUUGAAUGAAUUGACUGACUCUUAUAACAAUGUUUUUAAGUGGAAAGUUCAGGAUUAACAAGUUGACUGGCUUCUAAUGAUCAAAUAUAUUAUUGGUAUAAUAUUGUAAGCUUAUUAGGAGCCUAAUAUUAUAUAAUUCAUAAAAUGAAUCUGUACUGAAAGGAUCAGCUUGGCAAAUGCUCACAUAAGUCGAGUGAAGACAAGGACUGGGUCUGUUUUUUAUUUUUGAUAUUUUUUUACUGGAUAUCAAACUCAGUGUCUUUAUUAUUUUCAGAAACUCUGUUGCCAUACUCUGUACGCAGACGUGCGCACUCACAUAAUGUGCCAUGUGUAAGGUGUUUUGUUGUUUUUAUUUAAAUCGCUUCAACUGUCUCGAUUAGUGGAUGCCAUAGUCAUUAUAGUCAUUUAACCUGGAUAUAUCAAAACCAGACUCAUCAGUUCAUUUGGUACAGAAAUACAAAUACGAAGGCUUGGUUAUGGGGAACUUUUAAUCUGUGUCAUACUUUGGCCAUAUCCACAGGAUGUAAGCAAUUCUAUGCAACCUACAUGCAUCUGGUAUAUCAACAAUUUAUGUGUCAGAGAAAACAUUAUGAAUAAGAACUCUUUUUUAUAUUUUUCUAUGCUUUUAUGUAUGCUUUUUUGUUUGUUUGUUUGUUUGUUUAAUUUUUUUAUUUAAAGGCCUGAUUACUGAAAAAGUUAUGGCUAUGAAAUUUCUGUUAUGUCAUGCUGCACUAAAUAUGAAGAUAACACAUCGAACCUUUACACUACCUUAACCUUCAUCCAAGAGCUAGAUUCCAAGAAAGUUCGGAUGUAUAUACAUUAACAUAAAUAUCGACGUGUCUUGUGGUGGGUGAUGUACAUUGUGUGUUUACAAAGGUCUCGUAAGCACCUUUAACAUUUAAACAUAGCAUCAUCAGUUAGCAACGUUUAUCGCCCAUGUCAUGUAUGAAAUUUUUGUUAGAACGUUCAUGUACAAACAUAUGCACCAACUGAAACGUAGUCCAUGCAUAUGUUUUCUUUAUCCAAAUAUUAAUAUUCAUAUCUAUUCAGUCACACUCCUGAUUUCAAGAUUCAAUGCAUGUUUUCCCCAUUUCACCACUGACAUAGUAAAAAAAAUAAAAGUAUUUCUUAUCCUGUAAAUAAAACAAAGCUUUCUUUUAUACACAUAGGAUUUCUUUUGUUAACUUUCCAGUUCAGUACAAAAAGCAUGUGUGAAAGCGAACAGCAGAGAGUGAGAAAGACACUCUUAAACACAUGCGCUACGUGGAAGGAAAAUCUCCACACUUUGCCUAUGACCAACCCGACCCAACCUGCACAACAGACACAGAAUUAAACUGUGAUGAGAAACUUGACCCUGUUCACGCUGGUAGUAUCAGGACACCUGUGAUGUACUCACUUUGGAUGUUGCAUGUUUUGUUGGUGAUUUGUUCAUACUAUUUUUGUGUCCAGAUUCUGCUCUAGGAAAGGAAAGACAAUGCGCCUAUGGGGUAGGGGUGGGGAGGUGGGGCAGUGGGGUGUGAUGUGGGUAAUAACUGAAAUUAUUAUCUAAGGAUGUAUGCUGACUGUACAAAAAUAUGCUUGUAUAAUCUGUCUGGUUUUCCACUCAAUGUAAACUGAAAAACAAACAAAAAAAUGAACUAAUGUCAUGGUUUUUUGUGGUUGUACACAAACGGUAUUGAUAAAUUAUGCAAAUUGUGCUGUACAAAAGGCUGUUGCCCUAAA